AUGGAAGCUACACACUUGGAGAAACUACUGCAAACACAGACUGAACUUCUUGAAAGAAUGACCGCAUUGAACGAGAAGAAAUCACCUACUAAGACAUCAGACAAGAAACAUAACCACCACCGUAGUCUUUGUCCCCAGAAAUUCCCAAGUCAUAGUGAAGCAUCAACAAUAGCAACAGAGAACUUACCAAGCAACGGCAUACCUAACAGUGAACCUGCAACCCUAGCAAYAGAAGAUACAGUAAUAAURCAAACAGCCACCACAGAAGUAAAGAAUCCAAAUAACUCAAACUCAUCAARAACUGUAAAGGUACUAUUCGAUUCUGGAAGCUACAGAUCGUAUAUAACACAAACACUUGCUAAGGAUCUAAACCUUAAACUUGGAAAGAAAGAAGCAAUCAAACUUGUUACCUUUGGCAACUCAUCAAGCACUGUCAUCAAGACACCAACAACAACUAUAGAACUACCACUGAAAGACAACAACACUAUCGACCUUUCUGUUAAUGUUGUUCCUGAAAUAACUGGCAAAGUUYACAGAAUGCCAAUCAAAGCUAACAYAAUCAACAAUCAUUUACUGCAAGGCAUCCCUUUAGCUGAUACUCUGCCAACCCAAUGUGAGACUAUGAACAUUGACAUUUUGAUUGGUAAUGAUUACUACUUAGAUCUCAUAGAGCCUAUGAGAGUACAACUGGAAGAUGGACUGUAUUUACUAGGAUCUAAACUUGGCUGGAUACUAACCGGAAGAACAGCAACAAACUCAUGCACUACUUCGGAAUUGCAGUCACCAGCGCUCUUUGUUAASACACUUGGAAAUGACACAGCUGCAACUAACAAUGCUGAUUUUACUACUCCAGAUGACUCACUACACAUAAAGCCAAACAUCAAUGAAUUCUGGAACUUAGAAACAAUAGGAAUCAAAGAUCCACAAACAGAGUCAGAAGAUAAUAUUGUACGUCGUAACUUCAGCACAACUAUCAAGUAUGAAGACAAAAGAUACUACACAACUUGGCCUUGGAAGCAAAAUACAGAAGACUUACCCGACAACUAUGGCCUGGCUGUCGGACGAUUGAAAUCACUUGUAAAGAGAUUSAAAGGGACACCACAAUURYUUGAACAGUAUGACUCGAUCAYACAAGAYCAACUAAAGAAAGGGGUAAUUGAGAAGAUUACCAUUGAAGAAGACAAUACUCACACAAAGAAACAUUAUAUWCCYCAUCAUCCAGUCAUCACACCUACAAAUACAACGACAAAAGUUCGGAUUGUAUACGAUGCAUCUGCGAAAACCGAUGAAAAGAACUGCAGUCUAAACGAUUGUCUCUAUCGUGGUCCAGUGAUGCUAGAGAAUUUAAGUGGACUAUUACUACGAUUUCGUUGCAAUGCWKUCGCUAUGAUAUCUGACAUUGAGAAAGCAUUUCUUMAAGUUGGACUCCAAGAAUCAGACAGAGAUGCAACACGGUUUCGAACACUGUGGCACUUAGACAAAGAAGGAACUGAAACCUCUCAAUUAAUAUGUGAGAAUAUAUAUGUAGACAACGUGUUUUAUGGUACUGAUACCAUCGAACAAGCUGUCAAACUUUACAAGCAAAGCAAAGCAAUCUUCGAACGAGCUUCUAUGAAUCUACGAKAGUGGMCGUCCARCUCGGACGAACUAAUGCAUCACAUUCCAGAGAAAGACAAACUCAACAAAGAAACGGUGAAAGUACUCGGCAUGCACUGGAAUCGUACAGAAGAUAAUUUAACAACGGCCAGACUGACACCUUGUCAUACAACAAUCAAGAGAGGAGUACUUCAAGUAGUGUCAUCCGUGUUUGACCCACUUGGACUAUUUACACCUGUUACUUUACCUGCUAAACUCUUUUUUCAAUAUCUAUGGAAUAAAGGUCAACAAUGGGAUCGAGAAUUGACUAGAGAAGAUCAACUACAAUGGACUGAGAUACUCAAAGAACUACAGCUGAUUGAGAAUAUACAGAUUCCACGAUUCAUUGACACUGAUAAAUCCGCAACGUACACAUUACUUUGCUUUACUGAUGCCUCCAAAAAGGCGUAUGUAGCUGCAGUUUACUUACUUGUUCAAACCAAGAAGCAUUCAACUGUUCACUUAGUGUUCUCAAAGUCAAGACUUGCCCCAACAAAACAGUUAACUAUUCCUAGACUGGAACUACUCGGUGUUGUAAUUGGAGUUAGAUGUCUUGAGUUUGUGGAAACUCAAUUGAAACUGAACAUUGCACAAAGGAUUUUAUGGACUGACUCACAAUGCGAAAUCAAGUUACACAACAAUAUCACCUUYAGAUACAUAACUUCACAAGAGAAUCCAGCUGACCUACCAACACGAGGUACCACUACAGCUGAACUUAAAGAUUGCUCACUUUGGUGGAAUGGCCCACAGUGGCUGACCAAUCCACAAUGCACAUGCCCCACGUGGUCAAUCGAAGAACCCAAUACUAAUGUACUUAACUCUGAGUCCAAGAAAAUUAAAGUAAUGUAUGAAGCAAGUCUGAUAAAUGAGAGUGAAAGAACCGUACUAGAAACUCCCCUUGGAAUCAAAGAAGAAAGAUUUUGUACCAUAACAAAGCUACUACGAGUUACUGCACUAGCCCUCCGAAUUGUCAGUAGACUCAAACGUAAAGUUAAACACACUGGUGUCGUUACAGCUCAAGAACUCCAGAAAGCAAGAGACUUAUGGGAACUAAGAAUACAAAGAAGAGCAUUUCAUACAGUCAUAGAAGACAUCAUGGCAAACAAGAGAAAUAACCUUAUCACUCAACUUGGACUAAAGAUUGACUCAGAAGGUCUAGUGAGAUGCUAUGGAAGACUAAUAUCCCAUUCACACCAAACCUUAACCAUGGUUAAAAGUCGUUUAACUAAUCAAGGUAUCCGUUCACACCGCGUGCGCGCGUGUAGGUAG